AGCUUUGCGCCGAUAAUGGUUGACUUAUCAGUAAGCACGAUACCGUCGACAUUGGAAUAUCUAUCUAACACGCAAAAAGCGGACAAGCGGAUGAGACUAUUCAAAUAACACGCUACGACUAUUUUUAGUUGAGAAUUUGCAUGUGAUUUUAGACGAUUUCUCCCUCGAUAUUGUUUGUGAAUCAACGAAUUGCUUUGCAAGCUUUGAAUUACCUUUUUUUUCCAUUUCAAUUGCUGUAUUGAGCAAUUGUGUGUAUCUAGUGAAUCAUCCAGUUCAAAUAGACUGCGCAAACGUUUAUCAUCUGAAAAAAAAAACAACGAAAAAACCAGCGAACAAAAGAAAAUUACGUUGAAAAAGAUUGUGAAUCAGUUGUUUGUAUAGAUAAAAUAAACGCUGAAGUGAUCAUCCGGCACACACGUACAACGGUAGGGAUACUAAAAAUUGAAACGAAAAUGGUUGCGACAAAUUAUCUGAGUGAAACAAAGAAACCAAUGGUCAGCGUUGGGCAUAAAAUUCGUGCCGCACUUUGGUGUGCACAAGUGGAAAAGCGGCUAAUUAUUGGAUUAAAUGAAGCAGUGAAAAUGUUAUCAAAGGCACCAGACAAUAGCCUGUUUUGUAUAUUGGCUCCAGCCAAAGGAGACACCUCGACCCAUAUUCAAGAAGUUCUACUGGAGGCCUACUGCUAUGAAAACGACAUUUACAUGGUUAAAGUGGAUGCAGCUGAGAAAUUAACACGCAUUUUGGGCACACGUCAAUCACAAACAUGUUGUUUAAUUCAAAAGUCAACCAUAAAUGCCGCCGAUAUCACGGCCAUCGAAGGUGAAUUGAUUGAUUACUGCGAAGAAAUUUGGAAUGAAACGAACGUUACGCCGAUCGCUCUACCGUGAAUUAAGACGCAUUUUAAGUGAUGACUUUGAUGUCUUUGGGAUUAUGAAAAAAUACACAAAUUCUAUUGGAAUUUGCUUUGAACCAUUCGAUGAAGGAAUUCAUAUAAUUUUUUUUUCUUCUUGUAUCAUCGUAAGGAAAUUUUCAACGCGGAAAUUUUUUUUUGAAUAAAAAAAAACGUUUUUGAAUUGAACGCACAGUGCGUCGUCGAUCGGCCGAUGUUGCAUACAUUUUUCAUAUAUUAAAUGUGACAUAUUCCAAACACGCUCUUCUUCACACCAUCGCAACAAAUGAGCAGCGCUGAAGUGCUUACGCGUCACAAUUGGUUAUGCAAGAGGCGAACGACAAGCGCGCGCAUUCACGUACUUUUCAAAAUACGUCAAUUGGUGACUUUUAAUGAAUUGUUAAUUUAUGUUAGCUAUUAUGUCGCAUCGAUCGAUUCGUUUUUGUUAUUCGAUCGUUCGUUUUUAAGAAAUCAUCCAAACAUUGUUAUUAUCGUUUCGUUUAGGUAAAAAAAAAAUGAAUAAAUAGAAAAUGUUUUGUUAUGAAAA